GCAACGAAGCGCGACGUCGCCCGCGUCGAAGCGUGCCGCAACAUUGUCGAUGCCAUCUCGGGCGAGCUGAUUCAAUUUAGCUUCCGCAACUCGCCGCUGCGCAAGAAGUACGACAGCCUCAAGUACAACCUCAAGAAACUCGAACAUACGCUGUACGAGCUGUCGCUCGUGGGGCCGCUCCGGGCGUUCAACCUCUCGGCGGGCGACGACGAGCCUCACGGCGAGAACGAAAGCUCGCACAGCUAA